GGUGAGAGAGGCCGGGGGCGGGGCCGUGCGGCCGGGGACCUGUUGAUCGCAGGUAUAGCCGGCUGGCCGGGGCUCCCUCGGGACUGGGGCGACUGCGCAUGCUCGCUGGCCGCGCUGGGCCAGUAGCCGAGCCGUGGUGACGAACCGGCUCCGCGGUUGCGGUGUUUGCGGUUGCUGUGAUGGCGUUGUGAGGGGGCCCGGGGCGGGAUGGUGCUGACCCGGUUAGGGCCGUCUUCUUCGAGCUGGACAACGAGCUCCUCCGUCCGACAGGCGGGGGAAGAGGCCGAGCCGGGCGAGAGGGUUGAAGAUCAACUGGAUUAUGUAUUUGGUUCUGGAAUCUCAAAGCAGUCCACAAACAAAUUCUUCCUUAUGUUAUCUGUGUCAGGGGGAACGGUGUAUUUUUAACAACGGGAAUCAGUAACUGGAAGUACAAGAUUGGUUAUUUAAUAAUGUUAAAAAUGAGGCUUUGAAAAGCAGAGGUGCUGUUAUCAGAAUAGUCUUCUGGGUAUAAAUUAAAAAUGACUGAAGUUCAAGCAAUGGUAGAAUUCUCUGUGGAGCUAAACAAGUUCUACAAUGUGGAUUUGUUUCAGAGAGGUUUUUACCAGAUUCGUGCUUCUAUGAAAAUUCCAUCAAGAAUUCCCCACAGAGUAGAAGCUAGUUUGUUGCAUGCAACAGGUAUGACUUUAGCCUUUCCAGCCUCAGUUCAUGAUUCUCUAAUUUGCAGUAAAACAUUUCAAAUUUUGUACAAAAAUGAAGAGGUUGUUUUAAAUGAUGUUAUGAUCUUCAAAGUAAAAAUGCUAUUGGAUGAAAGAAAGAUUGAAGAAACCCUUGAGGAAAUGAAUUUUCUAUUAUCCUUGGAUCUGCACUUCACAGAUGGAGAUUAUUCGGCAGAUGAUCUGAAUGCCUUGCAACUAAUAAGUAGCCGAACAUUGAAGCUGCACUUUAGCCCCCAUAGAGGCCUUCAUCAUCAUGUUAAUGUUAUGUUUGAUUACUUCCACCUUUCUGUUGUGUCUGUUACAGUUCAUGCAUCAUUGGUUGCACUACACCAGCCACUAAUAAGCUUUCCUCGCCCUGUGAAGACAACUUGGUUAAAUAGAAAUGCACCAGCACAAAACAAAGAUUCCGUGAUUCCUACUCUUGAAAGUGUGGUCUUUGGUAUUAACUACACAAAACAGUUAUCACCAGAUGGUUGUAGCUUCAUCAUUGCAGACUCCUUCCUACAUCAUGCCUAUCGUUUUCAUUAUACACUUUGUGCCACUUUGCUGCUAGCCUUCAAGGGAUUGCACAGCUACUUCAUUACAGUAACAGAAGAGAUUCCUUCUUGUCAGAAACUAGAACUGGCCAAGGCCAACAUGCAGCUCCUAUAUGAGCGUCUUCUCAGAAGAAAACAGCUACGAACACAGAAAGACAACCAUCUAGAGGAAAUGGAUGUAGAAGCUCGACUUACUGAACUAUGUGAAGAAGUUAAGAAAAUAGAGAAUCCUGAUGAACUGGCAGAACUUAUAAAUAUGAAUCUUGCACAACUUUGCUCACUUUUGAUGGCCUUAUGGGGACAGUUUCUGGAAGUUAUAACGCUACACGAAGAACUAAGAAUAUUAUUAGCACAAGAGCACCAUACUUUGAGGGUACGCAGAUUUUCUGAGGCAUUCUUUUGUUUUGAGCACCCAAGAGAAGCUGCCGUUGCAUACCAGGAACUUCAUGCUCAGAGUCAUCUACAGAUGUGCACCGCUAUCAAAAAUACUUCCUUCUGCAGUUCUCUUCCACCCUUACCUAUUGAAUGUAGUGAAUUAGAUGGAGAUCUCAAUUCAUUACCUAUAAUCUUUGAAGAUAGGUAUUUAGAUUCAGUUACUGAAGACUUAGAUGCACCCUGGAUGGGAAUUCAGAAUCUUCAGAGAUCAGAGUCCAGUAAAAUGGAUAAAUAUGAGACUGAAGAAAGCUCUGUAGCAGGACUUUCUAGCCCAGAGUUGAAAGUCAGACCUGCUGGUGCCUCCAGUAUUUGGUAUACAGAAGGUGAAAAGCAGCUAACAAAAUCUCUAAAAGGAAAGAAUGAAGAAUCAAAUAAAUCCAAAGUUAAGGUUACUAAGCUUAUGAAAACAAUGAAAUCUGAAAACACAAAAAAAUUAAUAAAACAGAACUCUAAGGAUUCUGUGGUUUUGGUAGGCUACAAAUGUUUGAAAAGUACAGCAUCAAAUGAUCUCACUAAAUGCUUUGAAGGCAAUCCUUCACAUAGUCAGAAGGAAGGUCUGGAUCCCACAAUAUGUGGAUAUAAUUUUGACCCAAAGACCUACAUGAGACAGACAAGUCAAAAGGAAGCUAGCUGUUUGCCAACUAAUACAGAGAGAACUGAACAAAAGUCUCCAGAUAUUGAAAAUAUGCAACCAGACCAGUUUGAUCCUUUGAACUCUGGCAACCUAAAUCUUUGUGCAAAUUUGUCCAUUUCAGGUAAACUUGAUAUCUCCCAGGACGAUAGUGAAAUUACACAAAUGGAACACAAUCUGGCAUCCAGAAGGUCAUCAGACGAUUGCCAUGAUCAUCAAACAACCCCAUCUUUGGGAGUUAGAACAAUUGAAAUAAAGCCCAGUAAUAAAGAUCCUUUCAGUGGAGAGAAAAUAACUGUCAAACUAGGACCUUGGACAGAGCUUCGACAAGAAGAAAUGCUUGUGGAUAAUUUACUACCCAACUUUGAGUCCUUAGAAUCUAAUGGUAAAUCUAAAUCUAUAGAAAUAACAUUUGAAAAGGAAGCGUUGCAAGAAGCAAAGUGUCUUUCUAUUGGAGAAUCAUUAACUAAAUUAAGAAGUAAUCUACCUGCCCCUUCUACAAAAGAAUAUCAUGUUGUAGUAAGUGGAGAUACAAUUAAGUUACCAGAUAUUAAUGCCACAUAUGCCUCAUCUAGAUUUUCAGAUUCAGGUGUUGAAAGUGAACCAAGUUCUUUUGCGACACAUCCAAACACUGAUUUAGUCUUUGAAACUGUGCAAGGGCAAGGUCCUUACAAUAGUGAAAGAUUAUUUCCUCAGCUUUUGAUGAAACCUGAUUAUAAUGUAAAAUUUUCAUUAGGAAAUCAUUGUACUGAGAGUACAAGUGCUAUAAGCGAAAUACAGUCAUCUUUGACAUCCAUAAACUCUCUACCUUCUGAUGAUGAACUGUCACCUGAUGAAAAUUCUAAGAAAUCUGUUGUACCUGAAUGCCAUCUAAAUGAUAGCAAAACUGUAUUAAAUCUAGGAACGACUGAUUUACCAAAAUGUGAUGAUACUAAAAAGUCAAGUAUCACUUUGCAACAGCAGAGUGUUGUAUUUUCAGGGAACUUGGACAAUGAAACUGUAGCAAUACAUUCCUUAAAUUCAAGCAUUAAAGACCCUUUACAAUUUGUUUUUUCAGAUGAAGAUACUUCCAGUGAUGUGAAAAGUAGUUGCAGCUCCAAACCUAACUUGGAUACUAUGUGUAAAGGCUUCCAGAGUCCUGAUAAAUCUAAUAACUCUACAGGGACAGCAAUUACAUUAAAUUCAAAACUGAUUUGUUUAGGCACUCCUUGUGUCGUUUCAGGUUCCAUUUCUACUAAUACAGAUGUUAGUGAAGAUAGAACUAUGAAAAAAAAUAGUGAUGUAUUAAGUCUCAAACAGAUGUAUUCAGAAAUCCCUACAGUUGAAAGUGAAACUCAUCUGGGUACAAGUGAUCCUUUUUCAGCCAGUACUGAUAUAGUAAAGCAAGGGCUUGUGGAAAAUUAUUUUGGUUCUCAAAGCAGUACGGAUAUUUCUGACACAUGUGCUGUUAGCUACAGCAAUGCGCUUAGCCCUCAGAAGGAAACUUCUGAAAAAGAAAUUAGUAAUCUUCAGCAGGAACAGGAUAAAGAGGAUGAGGAGGAAGAGCAGGAUCAACAAAUGGUUCAAAAUGGGUACUAUGAAGAAACAGAUUAUUCAGCUUUGGAUGGAACAAUAAAUGCUCACUAUACAAGCAGAGAUGAACUAAUGGAAGAAGGACUUAUAAAAUCUGAAAAAAUAAACAGUGACUAUCUGAGAGAUGGUAUAAAUAUGCCUACUGUCUGUACUUCUGGUUGUUUGUCCUUCCCAUCUGCACCACGAGAGUCUCCUUGUAAUGUUAAAUAUUCUUCCAAAAGUAAAUUUGAUGCCAUUACAAAGCAGCCAAGCAGUACUUCUUACAACUUCACUUCUUCAAUUUCCUGGUAUGAAAGUUCACCAAAACCUCAAAUACAAGCCUUCCUUCAGGCAAAAGAAGAACUGAAGCUACUGAAACUUCCUGGGUUCAUGUACAGUGAAGUUCCUCUGCUGGCAUCCUCAGUACCUUAUUUUAGCGUAGAAGAAGAGGAUGGUUCUGAAGAUGGAGUACAUCUGAUUGUCUGUGUACACGGUUUAGAUGGAAACAGUGCAGAUCUCCGAUUAGUAAAAACUUACAUUGAACUUGGACUGCCUGGGGGAAGAAUUGAUUUUCUUAUGUCUGAGAGAAAUCAGAAUGAUACUUUUGCUGAUUUCGAUAGCAUGACUGAUCGUCUUUUGGAUGAGAUAAUACAGUAUAUUCAGAUAUAUAGUCUAACAGUCUCAAAAAUAAGGGGUCCCCAAACCCUGGGCCACAGACUGGUACCUGUCGGUGGCCUCUUAGGAACCAGACCUCACAGCAGGAGCACUGGGGCGGGUGAGCAAGCAUUACCACCUGAGCUCAGCCUCCUGUCAGAUGAUCGCUUUAUUGGACAUUCAUUGGGCAAUUUAAUAAUUCGUUCAGUGCUUACAAGGCCAAGGUUUAAAUAUUACCUCAACAAACUUCAUACCUUUCUGUCUCUUUCUGGACCUCACCUUGGUACACUCUACAACAGCAGUGCUCUUGUUAAUACAGGCCUCUGGUUUAUGCAGAAAUGGAAAAAAUCAGGUUCGCUUUUGCAGCUGACAUGUCGAGAUCACUCAGACCCUCGCCAAACUUUUUUAUAUAAGCUUAGUAACAAGGCAGGGCUUCAUUAUUUCAAAAAUGUUGUGCUAGUGGGAUCCCUACAGGAUCGCUAUGUUCCUUAUCACUCUGCCCGCAUUGAAAUGUGUAAAACAGCUUUAAAGGACAAACAGUCAGGACAGAUCUAUUCAGAAAUGAUCCACAACUUGCUUCGACCCAUUCUGCAAAGCAAGGACUGUAAUUUGGUUCGCUAUAAUGUCAUCAAUGCAUUGCCCAAUACAGCUGAUUCACUCAUUGGGAGAGCUGCACAUAUAGCUGUUCUUGAUUCGGAAAUAUUUUUAGAGAAAUUCUUUCUGGUUGCUGCCCUCAAAUAUUUCCAAUAGUAUAAAAGCAUUGUUAGCGACUGGACAAUUACCUCAUUCAACAAUGUUUCAAAUAAUGUAUUAUAUUAAAAUGUAGAUGCUGAUAAGUUCUAAGAAGUAUUUAUACUUUUUAUAUGGAAGAUAAUUUAUAUCAUCCAUGUUUAGUGCUUUUUAAACAUCAACUUUACUUUCUAGGUAAUGUGGCUGUGCAAUAUUUUUUUAAUUUUAUCUUUUUACUUUUCUAUUACUUUUUCAUAUAUUUUGCUACCUAAGUAAUUCAGUGAAACUUUAAGCCCAUACCUAUGUCUGAUUGUUUAUUAUUGGCUUUCCACAAUUCUUACAUCAGACCACAUUAUAUUAGAGACCAUUAUUGCUAGAAUAGCGUGGGAUUUAACAUUUUCUAAUACUGGGGGUAUUAUUUAGUUAAUUAUAAAUUUUACUUUUCACGUUUUACUGUGUUUUAACUGGAAAUAAAAUUAUGGCUGCUACAAUAUAUUUUUUGAAAUCAACUUCUGUAGUUCUAAAAUACACCUUUAUCAUACAAUCAAACCAGGUAGUUCAUACAUGACAGUGUCAUAAAAGUUUUCUAUAAAGUCAUUACUGUUGCUUAAACAUAUGUCAUGCCUAUUAAAAUAUAUUUUCUACUGGUGAUUUCCACAUUAUUUCUCAUACUGACUUUUAUUACUGGAAAUGUUCUUGUUCAUGUUGGCAGCAGAUAAAGAUUUUUGAAUGUUUGAAUGCCUCUGCCUUGAUUUGGUUGGGAUUUUUGCUAAAUUGGCAAUGUUGCUUGAACUUUAUGACUACAUUUUCUUUUAACUUUUUUCAUGGACUUCCUUAUGUGUACAUAAUAAUUAAAUGUUGAAAUUUAUGAAAUACUUUUAUGAAUUUAGAUAAUUUUUAAAUAUUGUUAAAAUUUAUUGAACUAAAAAGUAAUGUAAAUAAAAUCAUGUUAAAGAUGGAACAAAAUAAUUUACAUGUUUGGUGAUACAGAUGCAAAUGUUUUUGAUAUAUGGAGAUGUUGAGUCUUUUGACUUUACAAAAGGUGCUGAAUAGCAUUAAAUUCACUAUUUUCCUUUUCUGUUUUACUUGUGAAAAUAAAAAUGCACUAAGGUUGGGUAGAAGUUCUGUUUGCACUCACUAAUUGUGACAGACAGAGGUUUUUGUAAGUAUUUAUUGUACAAUUGAUGCAUGUUUAUUUUUAGCGUUGUGUUAUUGCCCCUGGUGUUAAUAAAUGAACAAAUGGCUAUCUGGAGGAACAGCUA